CAAGCUGACUCAUUCAAGCGUCCAAGGUUUGUGGGUGAACCGAGUUCAUAUAAUUGAUACCUUUAAGAAUAUGGCUUCUACGUCCACUCUUGUCAUUAACGAAGAGCCAGAGAUCGUGCCACGAAACAAAAUAUUCAUCAAGCCGAAGAACGAAUGCUUUGAUCUUCGUCUAAAAUGCUGCGUUCCCUUUGCUUUUACCUUUUUGAUAUUAUUGUUGUUAUACUUACUUUACAACACUCAAUCUUGUGUGCUUUAUAUCGAUGGAAUUCGAAAUGCUACGCUCGAAAAAGAUGGCAAUUGCUCUUCCGUGCAACUGAAGUAUGUGAACCAAACUGAUCACGAAGUACGAUCGGAAGUAGUUUACCAACGUUUGAAUGGUCAUCUGAUAGUGUUCAUCGUUUGUUUAGUGAUGUCGUGGCUAGUUUUCGUCCAAAGACUCGUCCCAAAUGGAAAAGAGAGACCAUGCGAGCUUAGUCCUCAGUGAUACAAGCGAAAUAUCGGGUAUGCUGGCCGGGCAUGGCAAGGGGUUACACCUAUAUAUAAAAAGGGCAUUGAAUAUUCGAAGGGUAACUAUCGACCCAUUACUACCUUAGCUGCCUUUGGUAAUAUCUUUGAACGAGUCAUUGCAGGUCAGUUAAAUAAUUUCUUUUGUGACAAGCUGUCCCAGUUUUUGUCAGCUUAUCGUAAGCAUU